GAGAGUGAAGCAUCUCGCGAUGUUAGCGCUCUUUGGUCUCGUCUCGUCUCCACAUCGACACCAUCCGCAUCAGCAGCUGCUGCAGCUGCGGCCCCGCCUCGGCUCACAUCUGUCAGCCAGCACACCGAACCGCUGCUCGGGCCACCGGAGCGGCAUGCCCACACUCACAGCGGCUCCAGAGAAGUGGUUCUUAGUCGGAGGGGCGCCAUGUCGGAGGUUCGGAAAUUCACCAAGCGGUUGAGUAAACCAGGGACGGCGGCUGAAGUCCGGCAGAGCGUGUCGGAAGCGGUGAAGAGUACCGUGGAGCUUGUGGAGCAGCCUAGGAUCAUCGAGCCGCUGGACUAUGAGGCUGUGGUGUUUCAGAGAAAGGCCCAGAUCCACAGCGACCCCCACAGAGACCUGCUGCUCUGUCCCAUCGAUGACGUCUCGGAGUCCCAGAUCUCCAGGCAGAGGAGGACCGUUGUCCCCUCGGUGCCCCAGAAUGCCGAGCAGGAGGCCAGGAGUCUGUUUGCCAAGAAGUGCAUCAAGAUGUACGACACCGACUGGCACGUCAUCAGCUACAAGUACGAGGCUUACUCAGGCGAUUUCCGCAUGCUGCCAAGCAGAGGCCUGAAGCUGGACAAGCUUCCAGCUCAUGUGUUUGAGGUCGACGAGGACACCAAAGACGAGGACACAACGUCGCUGUGCUCCCAGAGGGGAGGCAUCCUGAAGCAGGGCUGGCUUCAGAAAGCCAACAUCAACAGCAGCCUGUCUGUCUCCAUGAGGGUGUUUAAAAGGCGCUACUUCUACCUGUCUCAGCUCCCCGACGGCUCCUACAUCCUCAACUCCUACAAGGACGAGAAGAACUGUAAAGAAACCAAAGGCUCCAUCUACCUGGACUCCUGUAUCGAUGUGGUUCAGAGUCCUAAGAUGCGGCGACAUGGCUUUGAGCUGAAGAUGCAGGACCGCUACAGCCACUUCCUGGCUGCUGACAGCGAGGCGGAGAUGGAGGACUGGGUGAUCACACUCAGACAGGCUCUGCAGAGCAGCGCGGACUCCGGACAGGACAAGAAGAACGGAGCAGAGAUGCUGGACUAUGCCGCAGAUGACAGCUCUUCCAGCCAAGGAAAAGACGAGAGCCUCCAGGAGAACUGUGGGAGGAACCUGCACACUGAACUCAUGAAGUAUGCCAGGGAGACCGACCAGCUGAGUAAGAUCAACAGAAAUGAAGGCAGACUGAAACUUUUCUGUCUGGAUCCUGAAACACAGAGGUUGGACUUCUCUGGCAUCGAGCCAGAUGUAAAACCAUUCGAGGAUCGAUUUGGUCGACGCAUCACGGUCAGCUGCCACAACCUCACCUUCUCUCUGCAAGGCUGUGUUAACGAGAAGGCCGACGGCAUCCUCACCAACCUGGAGCCGUUCUUCGUUAGCCUCGCCCUUUUUGACAUCUCCAAGAACUGUAAGAUCUCAGCUGACUUCCACGUGGACUUGAACCCACCGUGCGUCAGGGAGAUGCUGACCGACACCUCCGGCCAACUCUCUCCCAUGACUGACUCUGAUGGUGGAGGAGAGGUGAUGGUGAACGGAGACUCUGGGAAACGGAACGGCCUGCCUGUUCUUCAGAGGGUGUCUGAGGCUCUGCUGCGCUUCCCCACACAGGGCAUCUUCUCUGUGACCAACCCCCAUGCAGACAUCUUCCUAGUGGCCCGUGUGGAGAAGGUGCUGCAGAAUGGCAUCACCCACUGUGCUGAGCCAUACAUGAAAACCCCAGACACUAAGGCAGGUCAGAAGGUGCUUAAAGCUGCCAAGCAGACCUGCCAACGUCUGGGCCGAUACAGGAUGCCAUUCGCCUGGGCAGCUAAGCAGGUGUUCAAAGACGCUCAGGGCAGUCUGGACAUGGACGGGAAGUUUUCACCUCUCUAUCGUCAGGACAGCAGCAAAAUCUCCACCGAUGACCUCCUCAAGCUGCUGGUCGAAAUCAGGAAACCUGAGAAGAGCAAACUUCAGAUCAUCCCAGGACAACUAAACGUGACCAUUGAAUGUGUCCCACCUGAUUUUUCAAACACUGUGAACUCAUCUUACGUCCCCGUCAAACCCUUCGAAGACAGCUGUGAGCGAGUUUCUGUGGAGGUCGAGGAGUUCCUCCCUGAGGAAGCCAAGUACAACCACCCCUUCACUACGUACAAGAACCAGCUCUACAUCUACCCCUUACAGCUCAAAUAUGACAACCAGAAGACCUUCACCAAGGCUCGAAACAUUGCAGUCUGUGUGCAGUUUAGAGAUUCUGAUGAAGAUGGAGCAGCUCCUCUACAGUGCAUCUACGGCAAGCCGGGAGACUCACUCUUCACCAGCAGCGCCUACGCAGCUGUCCUCCACCACAACCAGAGCCCGGAGUUCUACGAGGAGGUUAAGAUCGAGCUGCCAGUCCACGUGCACGAGAAGCACCACAUUCUCUUCUCCUUCUACCACAUUAGCUGCGAGUCCAGCAGCAAGGCCAGCAGCAAGAAGAAGGAGGGAGUGGAAUGUCUGGUGGGCUACUCAUGGAUGCCUUUGCUCAAGGAUGGAAGGAUGCAGUCAUCAGAGCUGCAGCUACCUGUCGCUGCUGUGUUACCUACCGGGUAUCUUUGUCAGGAGAGCCGGAAGUCUCAACCAGACCUUAAGUGGGUAGAAAACGCCAAGCCGCUGUUCAGAGUGAGGAGCCACGUAGCAUCAACAAUCUAUCCUCAGGACCUCCAUCUGCAUAAGUUCUUCCAGCACUGCCAGCUGAUGGAGACGGCAUCAGAGGGAAACACGGCAGAACUCAUCAAAUACCUUAAAUGCCUGCACGCCAUGGAGACUCAUGUCAUCAUCACUUUCCUACCGACGGUGCUGAUGCAGCUGUUUGAGGUGCUCACGGCUGCCACCAAAGAUGCUCAUGAGAUUGCCGUUAACUCCCUACGUGUGAUCAUACAUAUAGUGUCCAAGUGUCACGAGGAAGGACUAGACCACUACCUACGCUCCUUUGUAAAGUACGUCUUUCUGACCAGUACCCCGUCUUCUGCUUCAGCGACCACCCACGAGGUGCUGGCCACCGCUAUAACAGCGAUUCUCAAGCAAACAGCAGAUUUCAAUACCAGCAACAAGCUGUUUAAGUAUUCCUGGUUCUUCUUUGAAACCAUGGCAAAGUCUAUGGCCCAGUUCCUGCAAGCGGAAAACCGCAUGAAGAUGCCGCGGCCUCAGCGUUUCCCGGACAGCUUCCACCAGGCGCUGCAGUCCCUGGUUCUGUCCAUCAUGCCUCACAUCACCAUCCGACACGGAGAAAUCCCGGAGGAAGCUCGGAGCGUCAACCUGGCCCUGGCAGGUUUCAUCAAGAGGUGUCUGACGUUCAUGAACAGAGGUUUUGCGUUCGGACUGAUCAACCACUACAUGAGCCACUUCAGUCUCAAAGACCCCAAGGUGUUGACAGAAAUAAAGUUUGAGUUCCUGAUGACGGUGUGUAACCACGAGCACUUCAUCCCUCUGAACCUGCCCAUGGCGUUUGGGCGCACCAAGCUGCAGCGAGUGCAAGAUAUAAUUCCGUACGCGACGGAGAUUUUUGGCCCUGUAGAACAGAAUCUGGAGUUCAGCCUGACGGAGGAGUACUGCCGUAACCACUUCCUGCUGGGCCUGCUGUUCAGAGAGGUGGCAGAGGCCUUGCAGCGGGGGUCUGAAGUCCGACAGCUGGCCGUGAGCGUUCUGAAGAACCUGCUCAUUAAACACGCCAUAGAUGAUCGCUACACAGCGUUCAAGAACCAGCAGGCCAGGAUCUGCAUGCUGUACCUGCCUCUUUACGAGCUGCUCUACCAGAACCUGAAGCAGCUGUCGGCCCAGCCACAGACCUUCAGUCCAGCGCUCGGCCUCAACGGCUCCAGAGAUGACCUGAUAUCGACCAGUACCACAGACAACAGAAGAACCAGCACCGCAAUGGACAAAGAUCAUGGUCUUCCAGCUCAGAACGGCCACAUUGUGAGACGAGAGGACUCCAGAAGCUCUCUGUUUAUGGACUCGGGAGCUCCAGACAGCAUGGAGCUGCAGAGACGCGCCUCCACCAUGAGCAGCAGCCCCAAGCCUCCUGUCAGCAGACUGGGACAGUAUGAGAUCAAGGACCUCCUGUUCUGCUUCCUGCACAUAGUCAAGACCCUGUCAGAAGAGACUCUGAUGGCCUACUGGAAUAAAAUCAGCCCGCAGGACAUAAUGAAUUUCCUCAGUCUGCUUGAGAUCUGUGUGGUCCAGUUUCGUUACAGCGGAAAGAGGAACAUCAGCAGGAGCCAGGAGGUGUUUGUGUCCAAGCUCUUCACCUCAGACAGGAAGUCUCUGACCAUGCCAGCGAUCCGCUCACACCGCAGCAGCCUCCUGCAAACCAAGAUGCACCAGUUCAACACCAUGGAGCCCUCGUUCACACUCAACACUGGAAUGGGACCCUCGGAGGCAGAAAUUCACCAUCAGUCUCUGCUGGAAGGCAACAUCUCUACUGAGGUGUGCCUGAGCGUCCUGGACGUCCUGUCUCUCUUCACUCAGUGUUUUAAGACCCAGCUGCUGGACAGCGACGGUCACAACCCCCUGAUGAGGAAGGUGUUUGACGUUUACCUCACCUUCCUUAAAGUCGGCCAGUCAGAAGCUGCGAUCAGACACGUGUUCACCGCGCUCCGGGCUUUCAUCAGCAAGUUCCCAUCGGUGCUCUUUAAGGGCCGCGUGACGCUGUGCGAGGACCUUUGCUGUGAGGUGCUGAAAUGUUGCGUCUCCAAGUUGAGCCACCUGAGAGCCGAGGCGUCCUCGCUGCUCUACCUGCUGAUGAGGAACAACUAUGAGUUCUCCAAGAGGAAGACCUUCCUCCGCACACACCUGCAGAUCAUCAUCGCAGUGAGCCAGCUGAUCUCCGACGUGGCGCUGACGGGAAGUUCCCGCUUCCAGGAGUCUCUGUCCAUCAUCAACAACUUUGCAAACAGCGACAAGGCUAUGAAGUCCACGGCGUUCCCCUCGGAGGUGAAAGGCCUCACCAAACGGAUCCGUACGGUGCUGAUGGCCACCGCCCAGAUGAAGGAGCACGAGAAAGACCCAGAGAUGCUGCUGGACCUGCAGUACAGCCUGGCCCGCUCCUACGCCAGCACACCUGAGCUCCGACGGACCUGGCUGGACAGCAUGGCCAGGGCUCACCUGAAGAAUGGAGACCUGUCUGAGGCUGCCAUGUGUUAUGUUCAUGUGGGUGCGCUGGUUACAGAGUACCUGCACAGGAAAAAGUUGUUUCCCAGCGGCCUCAUGGCGUUUAAGAAGGUCACCUUUAACAUCGAAGAGGAAGCAGCUAUGAAGGAAGACACUGGAAUACAGGAUGUCUAUUACACUGAGGAGGUCCUGUUGGAGCACCUGGAGGUCUGUGUUGAAGCUUUGUGGAAAGCUGAACGCUACGAACUCAUCACCCACAUCGCCAAGCUCAUCAUCCCCAUCUACGAGAAGCGUAACGAGUACGAGAAACUCAGCCGACUGUACGACACGCUGCACCGCGCCUACAUCAAAAUCAUGGAGGUGAUCCAGUCUGGCCGCAGGCUGCUCGGGACCUACUUCAGGGUUGGUUUUUAUGGACAGGCCUUCUUCGAAGAAGAGGAUGGGAGGGAGUACAUUUACAAAGAGCCCAAACUCACCGGCCUGUCGGAGAUCUCCCAGCGGCUGCUGACGCUCUACGGGGAGAAGUUUGGCCAAGAAAACGUCCGGAUCAUCCAGGACUCCAACAAGGUGAACCCCAAAGAGCUGGACUCCAGGUUAGCUCACAUCCAGGUGACCUUCGUAAAGCCAUACUUCGAUGAGAAGGAGGCGCCGGAGAAGAAGACGGAUUUUGAGAAAUGUCACAACAUCAGCCGUUUCGUGUUUGAGACGCCAUACACGAUGUCGGGCAAAAAGCACGGUGGCGUGGAGGAGCAGUGCAAGAGGAGGACCGUCCUCACAACUGCCCACACCUUCCCUUAUGUGAAGAAGCGCAUCGAGGUGGUGGGGGAGAAGCAGGCGGAGCUGAAGCCCGUGGACGUGGCCAUCGACGAGAUGAAGGCUCGGACGGCGGAGCUCGCGAAGCUGUGCUCCAGCCAGGAGGUGGACAUGAUCCAGCUGCAGCUCAAACUGCAGGGCUGUGUCUCUGUCCAGGUGAACGCGGGCCCCAUGGCGUACGCCAGAGCAUUCCUGGAUGACAGCAAACCAAACCCAUCAGGCAGCAAGAAAGCCAAAGAACUCAAAGACAUCUUCAGGCGUUUCGUGGAGGCUUGCAGCAUGGCCCUGGACAUCAACGAGAGGCUCAUUAAGGAGGACCAGCUGGAGUACCAUGAAGGUCUGAAGUCCAACUUCAAAGAGAUGGUGAAGGAGCUGUCAGACAUCAUCCAUGAGCAGCUUUAAGGAGCAACAGAUCUACCAGGAGGACAUGAUGCGUUCGCUGCUGCAGAACUCCCUUCAUGUGUUUCGUGCCAUCAGUGGGACGUCCUCCGACCUGGGCUGACCUAUUCACACACACACACACACACACACACACACACACCACCCCCUCCAACCUCCUUCCAUCGUGUUUAUCCUAUUGCUGUUCCCUUCAGGAUGUAAAGUGGGUGAUAGGAGGGCAGCUACCUGCCUGCUCUUGCUAGAACUCCUCCACCCCAUUCCUGGUGAAGAUCUGUCUAUCUGCAUCUCUCCUGAAUGUUCAGUGGAGUUUUGGGCCGGCGUCGAGGCAAAGUACACAACGAGAGCAAUCAGUAUUUAUCAGAAUGUAUUUCAGCAGCUCAGACCGAAUGUGUGCAUGUGAGUUAACGCCGAGUAAAACCAGGUAGUGAUGCACUUUUUUCUGACCUGGUAACAAAAAAGAGUUUCGUCUGUAUUGGAGCAACGCCCCCCUUGAGAUCUAUGCAGCACCCCGGUGUCACUCCUACAUCUGUUCCUCUGCUCCUUCCCCUGAGUGAUACACCACGGUCUUGCCUCUGUUGAUUUUUGCUCACAGACGAGUCACUCGUGCUAAGCUAACAAACAUGCUGUGACUAGGUUUACCAACUCAACCGGUUCUGUUGCGACACGCCCUAAAACCGAAAGCAUUCAGAUGUACUAGUAUGCAAAUUCUUGUAUUUGUAGGCCCUUGGUGCAUUCCAGAGACUUAAACAACAGACGGGUCUCAACAACAGAGGCUGACCCCAAAAUUAUACCUUAAAGAUGGUGAUUGUUAAAAUAAUGUCAAACCAGGGGAAACGGGGCUUUAGUCAAAGUUUUACAGGAAUAUUUCAACCGUUUGAACCGUGUGUUUGUGUGGAAGUUACAAACGUUGUGGGCUUUGUGAGAGGUCUCCAUUUACAUCUUGCAAGAGUGGUGGGCUAACGGCUAGUUUGCGUGUAGCCUUGUGAAAAUGGCUCCAGCGCUUUCAUAAAACCUCGUUUAUGAAGUUUCCUUUAAAAGGACCAUUCAGAGGUGUUUAAGCGGGUUCUGCAGCCGUCGUAACGGGACCAGUUAGCUGCCAAGUGUCCGAAAACUACUCCAGCAGUUGGUGCUCAUCUUCUAUUGUAACCUUAAGAUGGUCAUGAAGUAGAAAUGCACCCCAGAAAUCAGCUGAUCAUCAGAGUAGUCCGGUAUUCAGCAUGAUCGGUUUAAUUAGUGAUUGGCCUGUCAUCCGUAUCUGAGAGUUUCCAGUCAAAACUCGCCUCUCACUAUGAAUUCACAUCAGAGCACUCAUUCCACAAUAACGGGUGUUUUUGCUCCCUGAAAGAUCACUUUUUAGUAAAUAUUAUUGUUUUCUAUUAAUAUUUUGCUCCUGAGAUGAGUCAAAAUUAGCCUAACGUGUUAACAGAAGGUCAGAGUUGUACGAGAACAGGAAAUCAAUAUUUGCCCAAUCGUUUGUCUGGAUGUUCAGAACUCUGCUGGGAUAACCGUAGUUUUUACAGCAAAUGACCACAGAAGUCUCUCUAAAUAACCGUAUAAUGUGAAAUCUACUGUGUCAGGGCUCAGAAACAUAAUAGUAACAGGGUUGGGAUUAAGUGUUAGAAAGUGGCAGAAACAAAACACGACUAGCUGUUAGCUCAUCAAUCAGUCUGUCCAAGUUUUUCUGUUUCGCCAAGUCGAGACCGUACAAAGAGCUAUCUCGAACGGGUAAGACGGUGAUUGUUAAUAACCUUUCCACGAAAACCCACUUCAAAGGUUUUGAACUAUUCUUGUAAUAAAUUGCUGAUGACCCUCGAUGGACAGGGAGUGCUGACACGGUGGGUAAUACCUGUAUGAAUUUAUACACAAGCUGUUUUAAAACGAUGAGAUUGCAGCUAUUUUCUGAUGGCAGCAACACUCUUUGAUUUAGGCUAAUUCAGGCAAGAUGGUGAUUAUUUAUAAUUUGUUAACAGGAACACGUAAAAAGCCGGAAGUCCCUUUAAAAGACUCUGAUGUCUAGCCUCAUCAGCAGCGGUCUGGUGAGCUGGAUCAGGUCCUGUGCCUUUGUUCUCUGCCUUCAUAAACACACUUCCUCCGUCUCUAGUAAUGAAAUCAAUUGCAGGCUGAUGAGUAAAAAUAUUUCACAAGUGCUACACUGAGAUGAGCUGAUAAUAAUUCGUAUUUAAGCAGGUGUAUAUAAUCUGUUGACAUGAUGUAAAUGCUCCUGUGGAUCUGUGUAUGUUUGUAUGAUAUUUUGUAGCUCAGUCCAAAUGUCUUAGCAGGAAAAUGUUUUUUUAAAUUGCCCUUCUCGUUUAAUUACAUUGAUGAUACGGUGCGGCUGCUUGUCAAACUUACUUUUUAAUGUUUGUUUUUCAAUAAAAGCUAAAAACCAA